AUGAAUUCACCGCAACAAGCAAAUGCUGCUCAGCUGGCAGCACGCAGCAUCAAAGCGAAACCUAGAGGCAGAUUGGCAGGCCAAAAAAGUAGCGGCUUCCCACCCUUACAAAACAACAACCCUAAUAAUAAUGCUGCCGUUGGCAGUGGAAGCGGUGGUGGUCUGUUUGGUGGAAGUGUAGCUGCGCCCGGUUCAUUCAACUUUUCAGCGCCGGCUGGAACACCAUCUUUCAGUCCUUCAUUUGGAGACUCGACGCCAAAUCCGUUCGCACAAUCCGCUGCAUCAACCAACCACGAUGACCCACGUGCAGAUACAACAGGUGAAGAAGCUCUAAGAAAAAGCAAGGUAUUCAGCGGUGGCUUCAGAGCAGCUGGUGAAGAUGAGGAAGCCUUAUUUGCUUCGCACUCUCCAUUCCAUCAUAAUAAUCAACAACAGCAAUCAAAUACUUUAGGUUCUUCCAAUAAUACACAACCACAAAAUAUGUUCGGUGCAACAAACGCGACGCAGUCGAACGCAGGUGGAUUCCAGUUUGGAUCUUCAACUUCGCAGAAUCAAACAUCAACUUCAGGUUUCGGUGGCUUCAAUUUUACACCUACAUCUCAAGCGGCAGAUAACAAUAGUAGUUCUACUUUUGCCUUUGGUUCCUCGUCACAAGCUCCACCUGCAGUGAAUAAUAGCACCCCAGCCUUCAAUUUUGGCGCGACAAAUUCAGGUCCGGCAGAAAAUUCUUUGAAUUUUGGUGCAAAUUCACUUUCAAAGGCACCAAAUCCUCUCACCCUUGAAAAUCAAAAAGCAAGUAAUGUUUAUUCUGAUCCAUCUCAAAUUCUCUUUGGUUCCAAUAACUCCCCAACAACCUUUUCUAAUUACCAACCGGCAACUCAACCUUUGACCAACAGUUCUUUCAUUCAAACGAAGACGCCGGAAACAUGUUUGGCAACCACAAAGUCGAGAAAUUCGAGUACCUCAUUCGGACAGAACAAUACCAACAAUUCUUUUGGUGCGCAAAAUAACUCAUUUGGCGGUUCCUUUGGUGGUGGCUUCGGUAAUCAAGCCAAUACGAGUUUUACUGGUCUCAGUUCUACCAAUGCUACACCUUCAAGCUCUCAGAGCUUGUUCGGCAACACUACUGCAACCACAUCUGCUCCGUCUUCCUCUUUCACCUCAUCCUUCCCUGCAACUUCAGCUGCUCCAAGCACCACGAAUUUGUUUGGAAGCACUUCUGCCUCAUUCCCCACUACAUCAGCACCAACCACUACCAAUUUGUUUGGCAGUGUUAACUCGUCAUUUCCUCCUGCGACUGCUUCGAGCACUCCACUUUUUGGUGCUGCUAAGCCUGCCGAGGCUACCCCAACUGCUUCGAGCAACUCAUUUUUCGGUAGUGUCAAACCUGCAGAGUCGACGCCAUCUACUUCAAGCACUUCCUUCUUCGGUAGUGUCAAACCUGCCGAGUCAGCUCCAACAGCUCCAAGCAACUCAUUGUUUGGUAGCCCUAAGCCUGCUGAGUCAACUGUGUCAACUUCAAGUAAUUCACUGUUUGGUGGGUUCAAGCCUACUGAUUCGACUCCAACUUCUUCAAGCACGUCGAAUAUCUUCGGCAAACCCCCAGCAACGCCUGCCUCUUCAACACCUUUCACCGGCUUUGGCAAACAAGCAGAAUCAACUCCAAAUCUGUUCAACCCUGAUAACCAGAUCAAUGGCCAAAGCAACAAUCUAUUUGGAUCAAAAUCUGCAGAAGAGCCAAAAGACAAGCAAACUCUUGAUCUGUUCAGUCCGAACAGACUAGCCGGCCAACAACUGUUCGAGUCAAAUGCAACGAACAGUUCGCCAGAGAAGGCAUCUGCCCAGACCCCAAAUGCUCUCUUCGCAAGCUUUGGCAAGUCAAAUUCUUCAACAGAACAUCAACUGGGUGGUGCAGUCAAAGAACAAGCUUCCGCUGCUCCAUCCACCAGCCAAUCUGAAUCUUCAUUCAAGAUUCGCGGUACUGCUGAGGCGUCUAGUUUCAACAAAGCUUCUUCUCCUUUCAAAUCAGUUGACACCCCAACAGACGCAGCACAACCCAUUACAAGCAACCUGUUCGGUGGCUUCUCUUCUAAAACACAAGAUUCUCAGCCCUCUAACGGAUCUUUGAGCAACGGCUCCGAUUCAUAUUCAAUGGCUCUCACUGCUCCUACAGACUCAUCUUCGCAAUCUCCACCAUCCAAUAGCAAAGCACUUGCUCCGGUUAAGAGAGCACUUGCUCCUGGUAGAUUGUCCGAUUUUGAGUUCCAAGUUUCUGAACCCACAGACAUGGAGAUGGAUACCAAUAUGCCUGUUAACUUCAACACGAUCCAAAGAAGAGAAUUCAAGGCCCUUUGGCGCAUUGCAUCUGUGCAAAGAUCAAUGGCAGCUUACUUCCAGCAUUUGCCUCCUGGGGCAGACCCAUCUAAAGGAUUAGCAUGGAUGGAAGCCAAAAAGAGAGAGAUUCUUGCAGAAUAUAACAUUGAUCAUAUUUCCAACAAGCGAGACAGGGCAGCGGCUGAUCUUGGGAAUGAUGAGAAUCAAGAAAACAUGAGCCCUCAAAAGCGAGUUAGACAAGAUAGAGAACGCUCACAUCGUAUUCCCAGCCCAGAAAAGCGAUCGCGAAGUACUCGUAGUCCAGAAAGACAACGCUCACGUGCGACACAUGAUUCCGAGUCUGAGAUCAAUGGCAAUUCGGUAUUGAAAGCACCAAAACUUCAGCCUGGCCGUUCAUCCAGUCCAAGUAAAUCGCCUUCGAGAAGUGCAGCUCCAGAACCAACUCCAAGUAAGAAGAGAAGAAGUGAAACUCAAUCGGAAAUUGGUGGAGAAAGUAGCGGACACAAGAAGAGAAGACCUGAACAGUCGAAUAACAACGAAGGAAUUGACAGUGGUAACAGCAAGAAGAACGAGGAAGUUGACACUGGUAGCAGCAAGAAGAGAAGAGCUGAGGUUUACUUGACUCAAAAUGAUCCUGAAGGUAUUGAAGAUGGCAAGAACAGUAACAAGAAAACUUUAAACGGUUCUAGUUCAAGCACUUCUAACAUGUUCAAGAACAUUUUGGACAACCCAGAUAAAUCAACAAGAUCGGUCAGCCCAGAGAGAAAGACCCGGGCAUUGCCUGGAGCUACUAAGGAAGCUGCAUCAGUACCAACAGCAGCACCUAUUACAAAUCCAUUUGGAAAUUUGGCAGGUGCUUCUCCCAUCAAGUCGAAUACCGCUGCAACCUCUACUACGCCAAGCAAGCCUCCAGUCUUCACUUUCGCACCUACAUCUACCACGCCUACUACCCCCCCAACCAAACCACCUACAUUUACUGGUACUAGCGGUAUUAAACCACCUACCUUUGCCGGCGCUCCUACUGGUGGUAUCAAGCCACCAACUUUUGGCAGUGCACCCGUCAAUUUCAUGGCUCAAUUUGGAAAAAAGGCUGUUGAAUAUGCUGAAGAUAACGAAAAGAUUUUGAUGCAAAAAGCUAAGGAUGAAGAUUUUGAUUCUGAGGACGACGACGAGGCUGAGUGGGAGGCUAAGUACAAGGAGAAGAGAGCUGCGGAGCUUAAAGAAUUGGAAGAGCUUGCAAAGGCCAAGGCUCCUUCUUUCCUCGUCAAAUCGACCGACACCCCAAAAGCCACCGAGCCAAAAGAGACUGUAAAACCAGCGGCUACAAACAUGUUCGGAUCAGUCGCCCCCACUACUUCUACCACAUUAUUCGGACAAGCUAAACCUGCUACCGGCGCUGCUGAGAGUAUUUUCAAUUCGGCAAAAACCUCGAGAGCAUCAACUCCUAACUUGUUCUCGAGCACUGGAUCCGUCCUUGAUGGCGCUGCAAGUGCUCCAGGAAAGACCCCUUCAUUUUCUGGUAACCCAUUUGCGCAUCUUUCUGAUGCAGAAUCCAAGAAUCAGAACGAUGAGGACGAUGGAAGUUCUGAUGGCGGUUCUAACAGCGACGGAGAGGGUGAAAAGAAAGAUCCAAGUUACCAACCAAAGCCAAGCAAGACCAAUACAAGUACACCUGGUACUCCAGUUGAUGAGAACGGCUCUAGCAUUUUCUCAAAAAAAGCACCCACUGAACCACCAACGUUCAAUUUGAUUGGCUCGGCUGCCAAGACUGAUGCAGCCAAACCCACCCCUGGUACUGGUGGAAGUCUUUCUAGUCGUAUGAGUUUUGGUGCUGCUCCAGAAGAGAAAGACGAUCUGGCACCAAAGCCAGCUACAAAUAUAUUCGGUAACUCUUUUGGCGCAACUUCUAGCACUCCCGAAGAUAAAACCUGGAAGCCAAAUACACCAAUUAAAUUUGGUAGUGAUGCACCAUCUGCGCCAGUUUUCAACUUCACUAGUGCUACACCAUCCUCCUCUACCCCAACUAAGCCAACAACUAACCCAUCGGGGGGAUUGUUUGGUAGUUCUGGAACUUCGGCUUCUACUCUCUUUGGUGGAUCUACCACUACUACAGGAUUCCAGUUCGGCGGUCCACCAUCUGCUCCAGCUUCUUCAUUCCCUUCAGCAGAUGCAUCUCGGGCCAAUUCACCUGGUGCGACUACCGAUGGCGCUGAUGACAACGAUCCCGAAAAGGUUCAUGCUCAGGUGAACCUUUUGGAGUCUAGUCCAGGCGAAGAACAUGAAGACGCUGUCUACUCUGUUCGAACUAGAGCUUUGAAGUUCAAUCCAGCAAAGGCCGGUGAAGAAAAAUCUAGUCCAUGGGAUACCAAAGGUGUUGGACCAUUGAAAGUGCUUUGCCAUAAAGAGACGAAGGCUACUAGAAUUGUUUUGCGAAGCGACCCAUCAGGAUCUAUCAUCAUCAAUAGAUCACUUCUUUCGCAAUUCAAAUAUGAGGCCAGUGGCAAGACUGUCAAGCUUAAUACAGUCGGUGAUGAUGGAAAGUUGGAAACAUGGGUCCUUCAACUCAAAAAUGUUGAAUUGGCGGAAGAAUUUGCCAAGUCGUUGGAGGAAAACAAGAUCAACAACAAGUAA